AAUUGUUUUUGUUGUGAUCUCCUCUUUCACAUUAGUAUUUAUAGUCAAAAAAUGAAUUCAUUAAAAAUUAUUCACAAUAUACAAAUAAGCUUUGUUCGUCCUUUUGCGAAACAAAUACCCAGAAAUCUUAAAGGCAAAAGCAAAAGUUCUCAAGAAUGGCUAACACGACAAUUGUCAGAUCCAUACGUAGAAAAAGCACGUAUGUUAAAUUAUCGUUGCCGUAGCGCAUUUAAAUUGCUCGAGAUGAAUGAAAAGUACAAAAUUAUAAAACCAGGAGAUGUUGUUAUUGAUUGUGGAGCUGCGCCUGGAAGUUGGACUCAAAUUGCAGUAGCAAAAUCUAAUUCAACUGGCUCUCAACAACAGCAACCUAAAGGUGCAGUGUACAGUAUGGAUUUGUUACACUUCCAUGGCAUACCGGGAGCUACCAUAUUUGGUGGUAUGGAUUUUACAAAACCAAUUUCCCAACAACGGCUUAAAGAGACCUUAGCAGGACGUGCAGUAAAUUGUGUUCUAUCAGAUAUGGCGCCAAAUGCGACGGGUAUACGCAUGUUGGAUCAGGAAAAUAUAAUCAAUUUGUGUUACUCUGUUUUACGGUUUGCUUUAAUUAUGUCUGCAAAAGGUGCAAACCUCGUUGUUAAAGUAUGGGACAACGGAGAUGUAGCGAAACUUGAAAAAGAUAUAUCUCGAUUUUAUGAUAAAGUAAAACGUGUUAAGCCACAAUCAAGUCGUUCCGAUUCUGCUGAACACUUUUUAGUAGCACGAAAUUUUAAAGGUUUAGAUGAAAUUAAUGAGAAAAGAGAAAAAGAACUCCAACCGUGACAUAGAACAAUUAAUUGUAAACAUAUUUAAACAAAUUAAAAAUAAUUUAUUUAUAGUUAACCUGUUAAGUAAAUACAAUAA